UAAAAAAUUUUAAUCUUCUAAAUUUUUUUUAUCACAGUAUCCAGAAAACGUGAGCUUCAACAAUGAACAAAGUUCCCGUUUUAAGAAUAUUUAUCUCGGCUGUAAUAUUUCUUAUUUUUGGAACAAACGAAUGCGAAUCACAAUGUACUCAACAAGGUUCUUUUCCUUCAGAAAACGGUAACUGCUUGAGCUACUACACUUGCGUAGUGAGGAAUGGACAAUGGGUACGAAGUAACCAUACAUGUCCAAUUGGAAGACCCUUUAACAGCAGCGUUGCCAUAUGCGAUUUCACUGCGACGUGUUCAACGACUACAGAUUCGUCUACGACAGACUCGACUACAGCAGAAACCACUGAAGCUACUACAAUAGAAACCACUGCAGCUACUACAACAGCUACAGCUACUACAAAGACAGCACAAUGUCCCCCAUUGGGAAUAUAUUCCUUAAAUUCAGCAGAUUGUCGUUCAUAUUAUCGUUGUAGUUAUUAUAAUGGAAAAUACUUAUUAAACAAUUACAGAUGCCCUGUCGGAAGACCCUUUAACAGUGCGACUCAAAUAUGCGAUUCAAGUUUAGCUUGUUAAUAUGAUGAAAUUGUAUCCUGAAAAUUUUAAAAUAAUUUUCAAAUGUCUUAACAUUUGCAAUCAGUAAUAAAAAAUGACACUUUAUAUAAUA